UAUCGUGUGCCUGCGGAGGACAGCCGAGGCGCAGUCUCCUCAUGUGCGGCAUCCGAGGGAGGGGACCACCAUUACAGAUAGGGUUUCGAAGAAGAGGGAAAUGGCGCGGCGAGGGAGGGCGGAGCUGCGGCGGGUCGAGGACCGCACCAGCCGCCCGGUGUGCUUCUCCAAGCGGCGGAGCGGCCUGUUCAAGAAAGCCUACGAGCUCUCCGUGCUCUGCGACGCCGUGGUCGCUCUACGAGUUCUCCAGCGUUUCCAGUUUCCAUAUGUUGAAUUGCAGAUGUAUCAUUUACUUCAAUCCAGCCUGGAGAAGACAGUGGAUCAUUACCAGAAAUUUAUGAAAGCAGAAAAAUAUUUUGAUAAGCACAAUGAAAAGGAGCAGAAUCACGAAAAAGGAUUUGCUUGUUCAGAAGGCAAUUUCAAACUACUGGAGAUUGCUGAAAGGUUUAUCGAAACAGAUUUUGCCAAGCUGAAUAUCGAUGGUCUCGAACAAUUGGAGACUGAUUUAAAUGAUGCAUUCAAAUGGACUACCUCAAGAAAGUCUGUAGGUAGAACGAGAUCGGAGAGAACGAGGCUGCGGGGGCGACGACGACGACAGGAGCGCGGCGGCCGAUGCAGCGGGAUCAUCACGAGGGAACCGGGGAGGUCACCGCCCUGUAUGGAGGCCGCCAACUUAACGGGCGUCGAAGCUGACAUUGAGCAUCGGCACGUAAUAGAAACCCGUGGGGCCGUCGCGUUCUUCUCCAUUUGUGUAAGCGGUGUGCAGUGCGGCGGUUUAUACCGACUUUUGUGCUUCUGGAAAGAUUGGGAAUCCUGCCACGUAUGUCUGUCAGAGAUGGUCUAGCACCUUCGGGAGGUUUUUACGAACCCAAGGGGCACGUGAUAGUCACGUGAGAAGAGGUUGAGCUGUCAUUUUAGCUAACUUGCCAUCGUCUUGCGAGCGAAUGCAACGAAAACACUCCGGUCCUUA